AUAUAAAAAGGAUAAAAUGAAUGAGAAGCGUGCAAAGAGAGGAAAGGGCAGCGAAGAUGGAGGUUCGGGGAGAUGGCAGUAUUUUGGAGGAGGAGGAGAAGAAGAGGCUCGUGGAGUCCUUCGUUGGCAUCGCCGCCUCCACCCGAGAAGAAGCCCUCUUCUUCCUUGAGAGCCACGGUUGGAAUCUGGACUCCGCCAUCGUCUCCUUCUACGAUCACCAGGCCGAUCCCCAGGACCACCGAUCGCCCCUCCUCCGAGGGCGGGACGACGCCUACGACCCGGAAGACGAGGAUGAGGAAUACCUUCCGACGGAGGAGUCCCCCCAUGCGGCUGCGCCACCACCGCGCGUGACGCGUUCGACGGUCCCUGCCGCUGCUUCGGCCCCCCGGGCGACUCGUUCGUCUGCGGCGGGGGGUUCCAGAGGGGAUAAGAAGGCGUCCAAACCCUCGGGGAGUCGGUCGAGCAUCCGUACACUUGCUGAUCUGAAUCGGAGAGCCGAUCCGGACUCUGAUAGCGACUCGGAUGGGCCGCAGGAGUACUACACUGGUGGCGAGAAAAGUGGUAUGCUUGUCCAAGAUCCUUCAAAAGGUGGCAAUAAUGUGGAUGCAAUAUUUGAGCAAGCCCGGAGAAUGGGAGCGGUCCAAGGACCUCUCGACCCUCAACCAUCCUUUAGUUCAAGAAGUUUUACUGGAAUAGGUAGACUUUUGUCUGGUGAAUCAGCACCGUCUGCUCCUACUCCUGUUCCCACUCCCCAACAACCGGAAAAUAUUAUACAUAAUAUUUAUUUCUGGAGGAAUGGAUUUACUGUGAAUGAUGGUCCAUUAAGGAGGUUUGACGAUCCUGAGAAUGCUUCCUUUUUGGAGAGCAUUACAAAAUCUGAAUGCCCUAAAGAGCUUGAACCAGCAGAUCGGAGGACUGCAGUAAAUGUGAAUCUCAUACGUCGCCAAGAGGAUUACUCUGAACCUGUGCGGCGUCUUGCUGCAUUUCAAGGCGUAGGAAGAACGCUCGGUGGUGGAUUGUCUGAUAACUCAGCGACCGAGCCUCCUGUCCCUCCUGUCGAUGGCACCGCAUCCAGUACUGCUCCUCCAUCAUUAUUAGGCCUUUCUGUGGAUGCCUCACUGCCGUCCACUUCAAUUCAGCUAAGGCUAGCAGAUGGCACACGCAUGGUGGCACGCUUCAAUAUGAAUCACACUGUAGGCCAUAUAAGAGCUUUCAUCGAUGCAUCGCGGCCUGGUUCAUCGAGGUCUUACCAGUUGCAGACGGUUGGCUUUCCGCCUAAGCAGCUGAAUGAUCUCAGCAAGACGAUCGAGGAAGCAGGUCUUGCGAAUUCGGUCAUCAUUCAAAAAGGCUAAGUUGCUACCGAUUACUUAGUUGAAUCAAAACUUUCUAGACUAUUUAGACAAGAACUUUCACUGAAUUGCUUCUGAUCCUUAAUUGCUACGAUAUUUUACAUUUAGUAAAGAAUUCUAUGGGAUUUUUAUGUUUAA